AGUAGUAUGUCGAUGGCCAACCGCCAGUAAAACCCAAAGAAGAAGUGGUGUACAGUACGCGCUUCAAGGUGUUUCAUUUGCUCCGCAUCUUCAAACUAGAGGAUCACUGAAUCAUGUCUGAGCUGAGAGGUAAAGUGCAGACGGUUCUGGGUCAAAUAGAGCCCGAUCAGCUGGGUCGCACCAUGACCCACGAGCACCUGACCAUGACCUUUGAGUGCAGCCACGUUCCUCCAGCACCCGGAGACGAGGGUCUUUCCCUGGUGCCCAUCGAAAUGAAGCACCUCCACUGGCUGCAGCAGAACCCAUACAGUCACCACGAAAACCUGCUGCUGAACCAGGAGCUGGAGGCCGUGAAGGAGGAACUGCUGUGUUACCGCAAAGCAGGAGGAGGAACCAUCGUGGAGAACACCACCACGGGCAUCAACCGAAAUCUGCCUGCUCUGAAGCAGCUGGCUAAGGAGACCGGCGUGCACGUGAUCGCAGGAGCCGGUUAUUAUGUGGACGUUACUCAUUCUGAGGAGACCCGAAAGAUGACCGUCGAGAAGCUCACCGAUGUCAUUGUGAGUGAGGUGCUUCACGGAGCAGACGGCACUGACAUUCGCUGUGGUGUGAUUGGAGAGAUCGGCACAAGCUGGCCAAUCACAGAGAGUGAGAAGAAGGUCCUGAAAGCCACUGCUCAUGCUCAGACUCGACUCGGCUGUCCCGUCAUCAUCCACCCCGGACGGGACAAUAGGGCACCGGUGGAGGCCAUCCGCAUUCUGCAGGAGGCAGGAGGAGACAUCUCGAAAACGGUCAUGUCUCAUCUGGACAGAAGCAUAUAUGAUCACGGAGAGCUGUUGGAGUUUGCGAGAAUGGGAAGCUACCUGGAAUAUGAUCUUUUCGGCACAGAAGUUCUUAAUUAUCAGUUCAACCUUAAUGUGGACAUGCCCAGCGACAGCCAGAGGGUCCAGAGCUUGAAAUUCCUGAUCCAGGAAGGUUAUGAAGACCGAAUCCUCAUUGCCCAUGACAUCCACACCAAACACCGACUCACCAAGUAUGGCGGCCAUGGCUUCUCCCACAUCCUCAAGAAUAUAGUUCCCAAAAUGCUGUCCCGAGGCAUCACUCAGAACCAGGUGGACAAGAUACUGAUAGAGAAUCCCAAACGCUGGCUGACAUUCAAAUAAACCAGCUGCUUUCAUGAUCAAUAACAUACCAAAAAAGAAAAAUCACCUUUUUAUUGUUGUCUUGUUGAUUUUGGUGCUGGAAUUCUUAUAUUAGCGAAUGUUAAUGCCGUAAAAUGGCCGAGCUGUAGGUUUAACAAUAACUGAAUUUUUGGGUUUGAAUAUUAAAAUCAAAUAUUGAGUCAUGACAAAUCCUCUUAUGGGAUGAACGAACAUAAAACAAUGUUUUUAAUGACUUAAACUCGCACAGUUAACAUUAAACAGGCUUGUUUUACAAUUUAAACAAGUUAAACAGGUGAGUUUUAGCAUUUCUGAAUCCAUUCAGCCGAUCUCCAGGUCCGGAGGUCCACUUUUAGCUUAGCUUAGCAUAGAUCAUUGAAACUUAACUGCAUUCUUUAUUGGAUAAACUAAUGUAAAACAAUGUUUUGAAUUAAUUUAAUAGUUAAUUAAACUUACACAGUAUAAGUAGCACAAGUAAAAUUGGCUUCUUUUACAACUUGAACAAGUCAAACAGGUGAGUUUUACUAUUUUUUUUAAUCCUUUCAGCUGAUCUCCAGAUCUGGCCGUUGCACUUUUAGCUUAGUUUAGCUUAGCAUAGAUCAUUGAAACUUAACUGCAUAUUUCAUUGGAUGAACAAACAUAAAACAAUGUUUUUAAUUAAUUAAACUCACGCAGUUAAAGUAACACUCGACUUUAAAGGCUCAUUUUACACGUUAAACAGGUGAGUUUUAGCAUUUUUUAAUCCAUUCAGUCGAUCUUCAGGUUUGGGAAUAUCACUUUUAGCUUAGCUUAGCAUAGAUCAUUGAAAUUUUACUGCGUCCUUUUAUUAGAUAAAGAACAUAAAGCAAUGUUUUAAAUAAUUAAGCUCUAAGGUAAUAGUCACCUUCAAAAGGGCUCAUUUUACAAUUUUAAACAAAGUGAGUUUUAGCAUUUCUCAAUCCAUUCAGUCAAUCUCCAGGUCUAGCGGUAGCACUUUUAGCUUAGCGUAGAUCAUUGAAACUUUACUGCAUCCUUUUAUUGGAUGAACGAACAUAAAACAAUGUUUUUAAUGAAUUAAACUCACACAGUUAAAGUAUCACUCGACUUUAAAAGGCUCAUUUUAAAGUUAAACUGGUGAGUUUUACCAUUUUUUUUAUUUAUUCGGUAGCACUAUUAGCUUAGCUUAGCAUAAAUCAUUGAAACUUUAAUUAAACUCUUGCAGUUAAAGUAACACUUCACUUUAAAAAAGUUUAUUUUACAAUUUAAACAAGUUAAACAGGUGAUUUUUAGCAUUUUUUAAUCCAUUCAGUCGAUCUUCAGGUUUGGGAAUAUCACUUUUAGCUUAGCUUAGCAUAGAUCAUUGAAAUUUUACUGCAUCCUUUUGUUAGAUAAAUAACAUAAAACAAUGUUUUAAAUAAUUAAGCUCACAUAGUUGAGGUAAUAGUCACCUUCAAAAGGGCUCAUUUUACAAUUUUAAACAAAGUGAGUUUUAGCAUUUCUCAAUCCAUUCAGUCAAUCUCCAGGUCUGGCGGUAGCACUUUUAGCUUAGCGUAGAUCAUUGAAACUUUACUGCAUCCUUUUAUUGCAUGAACGAACAUCAAACAAUGUUUUUAAUGAAUUAAACUCACACAGUUAAAGUAUCACUCGACUUUAAAAGGCUCAUUUUAAAGUUAAACUGGUGAGUUUUACCAUUUUUUUAUUUAUUCGGUAGCACUAUUAGCUUAGCUUAGCAUAAAUCGUUGAAACUUUACUGCAUCCUUUUAUUAGAUAAAGGAACAUAAAACAAUGUUUUUAAUUAAUUAAACUCUCGCAGUUAAAGUAACACUUUACCUUUAAAAAAGUUUGUUUCACAAUUUAAACAAGUUAAACAGGUGAUUUUUACCAAUUUUUAAUUAAUUCAGCCGAUCUCCAGGUCUGGCAAUAGCACUUUUAGCUUAGCCUAGCGUAGAUCAUUGAAACUUAACUGCAUACUUUCAUUGGAUGAACAAAGAUAAAACAAUGUGUUUAAUUAAUCAAACUCCAGCAGUAAAGUAGCACUUCACUUUUAAAAGGCUCAUUUUACACCAGCUGGGUUUUAGCAUUCUUUAAUCCAUUCAGCCGAUCUCCAGGUCUGGCGUUAGCACUUUUAGCUUAGCAUACAUUAUUGAAACUUUGAAACUGCAUCCUAAACAAUGUUUUUAAUUGAUCAAACUCAAAAGUUCAAGUAACACUUCAAACAAGCUAGUUUUACAACGUAAACAAGUUUAACAAGUGAGUUUUAGUAUUUUUGAGUCCAUUCAGCCAAUCCCCAGGUCUGGCGGUAGCACUUUUAGCUUACCUUAUCUUAGCUUAGCAUAAAUUAUUGAAACAUAACUGCAUCUCUUUUCUUAGAUGAACAAACAUAAAACAAUGUUUUUAAUUAACUCACACUGUUAAAGUAUCCCUUCACUUUAAAGAAGCUCAUUUUACAAUUUAAACAAGGUACACUGGUGAGUUUUACCAUUUUUUUAAUCCAUUCAGUAGCACUUUUAGCUUAGCCUAGCAUAGAUCAUUGAAACUUUACAGCAUCCUUUCAUUGGAUGAACAAACAUAAAACAAUGUUUUACUUAACCAAACUCGAGCAGUUAAAGUAACACUUCACUUUAAAAGGCUCAUUUUACACGUUAAACAACACGUUUAAUCCAUUCAGCCGAUCUCCAGGUCUGGCGUUAGCACUUUUAGCUUAGCAUACAUUGUUGAAACUUUACUGCAUCCUUUUAUUAGUUGAACGAACGUCAAACAAUGUUUUAAUUAAGUAAACUCACACAGUUAAAGUAACACCUCACUUUAAAAAAGUUUGUUUCACAAUUUAAACAAGUGAGUGUUAGCAUUUGUUAAAUCCAUUUAGCUGAUCUCCAGGUCUGGUGGUAGCACUUUUAGCUUAGCCUAGCGUUGAUCAUUGAAUCUGACUAUGCCAUAUAUAAAGAGAUAUUUAUGAUUAGAAAUGUAUAAAUUGCCCUAUAGACACCAACUGUUGCAUUGUACAGCUUCUUAAAAUUGUGAUUCGGCAUUUGCUAUGUUUUGCCGGAGUUAUAUCAGAGUGACCAAAGACUAAUAUUCAGCAAUAAUAAUCAAAUCACCAUCGCGUUAUGUCCACUUAUAUUAAGCAUCUUUGGGCUUGGCUCAUGUUAUAUAUUGAUACAGUUAAAAAAAAUGUAAGUAGAUCUUUUUUCAAUAAGUUUGCUCUUUUGCACUGUUUUCCUAGCUGGAUCUGGCAAUACUGUUGUGACAAACACAGAGAUGACUCUGAUAUGCAAAUCAAUGUGUCAAUAACUAGUUGUUCAGUUUGGUUUGCUGCACACUAAGUAGAAUAUUUGUUAAUUAAUAUAAUAAAAAAAUUAUUACAAAGAA